UGAAUACAAAUUGACAAAUGCAUGCAGCAGCAGUCUCUGUCUCUCCUUCCUUACUUUUCCUUGCUGUUGCUCUCCUAUGGGCUGUAGCUAUGCAGUCCUCUAGACACAGCAUGACAGGAGCUCUGCUACCCUGAGAGCAGGUACAGAUGCAGCUUUAGUGCUUGCUGUCUGCCUCACGUUUGUAACACCCUUCCGGUCAUUCGUUCCAGGGGAGGAAUGACACCAGCAUUUCUGAGCUGUUCUUCUGUUUUCUCCCAGAACACUCUGGGAAAGCAGACUUCGUGAUCUCCAUGCUAACUACCAGCCUGCCUACUGCCAGUUCUCCCUACUUCUGCCAGUGAUGACAUUCAGCUUGCUCCUCCACACAGGAGACAGCACUGAUUCCUCAUUAUGUAAGGCAGUCUAGGUCAAGUGUAGGAGAGACACUGCUGGCCCCAGCAAGCUCCUGGAUUGCUCCCUCAGCUUCAUGCUUCAUGGGUUCUGGAAGCUGGAUCCUGAUCUUUGCUACAUCUUCUUGGUAUUUUCCUAUGCAGAAGAAUAAAUGGUAAUUAAAAUGUGCAGGAUGAAAAGAUGGAGCAGCCAGUGCUUGUACCACCAGGACCAGACAGCUUCCAAUACUUCACUAGGGAGUCUCUUGCAGCUAUUGAACAACGCAUUGCUGCAGAAAAAGCUAAGAAUUCUAAACAAGAUCGUAAAGACAAUGAUGAUGAAAAUGGGCCAAAGCCAAACAGUGAUUUGGAGGCAGGAAAAACACUUCCAUUUAUAUACGGCGACAUACCUCCAGGAAUGGUAUCUGAGCCCUUGGAAGACAUGGACCCAUAUUACAUCAAUAAAAAAACCUUUAUAGUAUUGAAUAAAGGGAAGGCAAUCUUCCGAUUCAGUGCCACCUCUGCCCUGUACAUUUUAACUCCCUUCAAUCCUCUUAGAAAAAUAGCUAUUAAAAUUUUGGUACACUCAUAUCCUUUGUCAAUGUUUGUUCAAAAUGUUACACACUGA